CUUCACGAAGGUUGCAAAACAAUUGCGUCAGAAAGUUGCGCACUUGUUUCUGGAAAGGUGAACGAGAAUCAUCGCCCUCUUGCCUGAUACAGGAUAAAACAUCGUGACCAUGUUGGUGGCGAGGCUGACAUGCCUGAGGAGUCUUCCUCUCGCCGGGCUCCGUCCUGUGCUGUCACAGGGCUCCUCAGCCCUGAGGACACCCACCCUGAAGGCCUGUCCACCGCUGCUCAGGCCCCAGCAGGGUUAUUCCACAAGGGCCAGAUUUGGUUUCCGCCGUGGGAAGACAUCCAAAGACCAGCUCAAAGAGGCAGCUUUUGAGCCAGCAACAGAUACCGCCAUCAGAAUUGACAGCAUGGGAAGAAUGAUCCUGGCUGGAGGUGCAGCAGUCGGUCUUGGCGCUUUGUGCUACUAUGGACUUGGCAUGUCCAAUGAAAUCGGUGCCAUUGAGAAAGCAGUGAUCUGGCCUCAGUAUGUGAAGGACAGGAUCCACUCCACCUACAUGUACUUUGCAGGCAGUGUUGGCAUGACGGCUUUGUCAGCUAUAGCAGUGAGCAGGACGCCGGCACUUAUGGGUCUGAUGAUGAGAGGAUCCUGGCUGGCUAUUGGAGCAACUUUUGCGGCUAUGAUUGGUGCCGGUAUGCUGGUCCGGUCCAUUUCGUAUGAACACAGUCCAGUGCCGAAACACCUCGCUUGGAUGUUGCAUGCAGGUGUGAUGGGUGCUGUCAUCGCCCCCCUGACUCUCCUGGGGGGGCCUCUGAUGAUCAGGGCAGCCUGGUACACUGCAGGAAUCGUGGGAGGUCUGUCCACUGUGGCCAUGUGUGCCCCAAGUGAGAAGUUCCUCAACAUGGGCGGGCCAUUGGCUGUCGGCUUUGGAGUGGUCUUUGCUUCCUCUAUUGGAUCAAUGUUCUUGCCGCCAACCUCAGCGUUCGGAGCAGGCCUGUACUCAGUGGCCGUCUAUGGAGGCCUGGUCCUGUUCAGCAUGUUCCUCCUCUACGACACACAGAAGGUCAUCAAGAGGGCAGAGACACACCCACUCUAUGGUGUGCAGAAAUACGACCCCAUUAAUGCGUGUAUGGGGAUUUACAUGGACACACUUAACAUCUUCAUGAGACUGGUGAUGAUUCUGGCUAACGGUGGCGGCAGCAGAAGGAAGUAAACAGCAGCAUUCUGACUUAAGUUUCAGUUUUACCUUCCACAGAGCUGAACAAAAUCAUAUUUUAUUACUAGCUGCAUAUUUCGGGUGUUAUCUCUUAGUGACAAGUCUUAUCAAACUUGUAAAUAUACAGCACAUGAUGCUUUGCAACAGUGUGAAGGAGAUGACAGCACUCUCUGGUGCAAGAAAGACAAGUCGUUAAAAAUGAUAACACACUAAGAGCUCGUACUUCGACUGUGGAAAUAUCUGGUUUAUCCUGGGAGCUACAGAUGGGUUAAAUCUGUCUGUUGGCAUCAGUUCGCCUGACUCAGAUGUAAUUUGUUUUCUUUAUGUUUUGUAUUUAUUUCAACUUGAUGAGGGUUUCUGUUUCUAUUAAGAAUUAAAGUUCAAGAGUAUCUGAUAUAUGCAACAGAGAUUACACACAAGAUAAUCAUGGACUGGUGGAGACUCACAUUACCACAAAUGCUCCAGUAUACAGUGAUAUUGCACUUCUGUGAUGGCUUUAAGAGGUUGGCGCUAGUUCAUGUUUUUCAGAAAAUAUACAGUCAUUUAAACGAUGGAAUCACUCAAUAAACUAAACAAUUCAAAAUUCA